AUGGUCAAGGCUUUCGGCAUUGCUGGCGUCGUCGCCAUCGCGCUGGCCAUGUCGGCCGCUGCUGCUCCUAUCAGCCGGCUCGACGGCAGCGACAUCGGACUCGUGAAGCGCGACUUGCCUCACGGCGGCAACGAUGACGAGAUCCCUGACCCCGACUAUCCGCCUAGGAAGCGCGACUUCGGCGACCCCCAUGUCGUUGCUGUUGGAGGAAGCCGCCCGCCGCUGCACAAUGACAAGCGCGACUUCGGCGACCCCCAUAACGACAAGCGAACGAUCGACGGCGGCGAGCCCCCCAUCUCCCCUGCACCCGGUAGUGGUGUUGUGCACGUGAAGCCCGUUUCGCCGGGCGACCAGCACAUUGCGAACCCCGGUCAGCACAACCGCUAG